CCUGUAAUACUAACCGCCGCCAAUUCUGCCGCCUGACCGCGUCCACACUCAAUGUUCCUACGAAAACACCUAAAAUAUGUCUUUCAGAACUCACGUAACCUUAACAAUCUAAUUGCCUGAGUCGGCGGCUUAGUGAUAGCAUUGAGGCUGUCCCGGGGCCAAUUCGGGAAUCAAGCUCUUUUUGUGCUUUCGAGUCGGUUGAUAUCGGGACGUAACACAACAUGAAUAACGCUCACUCCUUUUGCUUUCCCGGUCAGAUUGCCUCAGGCGUGGUAAACAGUAUGCAUGUACCUCCUAGUGCUCCUUGGCCAGACAAGUGAUUUUGGACCUCGAUACAGUAAGUAAAUCAGAAUAAGAAACGCUGACUCGAUCGAUUUCCUAAGUUGUGCAAGGGUCCCUGGUGCUUAGUUUGAAUGGGGAUAACAAAAGCUGGGACCGAAGUCACCACCUGCUUUUUGUUCCGGACAUUCUGCAAGAUAUCCGAUUCAGCAAUCAGUAAUCCUCGAACAUGUGCUUAGCACUUUCUAUGUAUUCAAAUGGGUUUAGUGCUGUGCAUGUCUUUAUAAUCCAUCAGUCACGGACACGCUUCUAAUAACCAUUGGCUUCGGGGCUAUUUAAUGUGUAUUUGCCCAUAAAUACGCAACAGUAACUUGAAGGUGUAAAGCACCAUUCAUUCCUAACCUUCUUCUCUCAAAAUGACCGAUUAUACGACUCUUUCCUUGGUCGUGUGCCUCUACGAAGAUGUCACUGCUUUGGACUUCCAAGGACCUCUGCAACUUAUUGGCAUGUUGCAGGAGAAAAACAUCCAGAACACCUCCCUACCUUUUCCUUCACCACCGACGCAUGCCGUAAAGAUAACAUAUGCUGGCGAUUCCACUGCAGUGACACCUGACGCAGGGCCGACUUUUGCUGUGGAAAAGAAAAACACUUAUGAAGAGCUUCUGGGAUCUGGCGAGCAAUUUGACAUGAUUUUGGUACCAGGAGCUUCUCCAAAGGUCUCGUUUUCCGAAAAUGACCCUAUUGCUCGAUUCAUUAGGCAACAAUCCUCUGGAGCAAAGUACAUCCUCAGCGUAUGCACUGGAGCAUGGCGAUUAGCUGAAGCUGGUGUGCUAAAGGGCAAGCGAGCCACUAGCAAUAAAGCGACGUGGCCUGGGAACCCUGUGGACCCGAGCAUCGAAUGGGUGAAAAAAGCGCGGUGGGUCGUAAACGGUCAAAAUAGCGGCCAGGAACUUUGGACAAGCUCUGGAGUCACCGCGGGUAUGGAUAUGGCGAAUGCAUUCCUUGCUCACCUGGUUGGACGGCCAAUCUCUGAAAGAAUCAGGAAUGUCGUUGAGCUGAAUGCAUCUGGUCCAGAGGAUGAUCCUUUUGCAGAAUAUUGGGGUAUAUAGUCUGAGAUCGUUAGGUAUGCGAGAUGUUGUCAAGUCUAAGUAGUUGUGUAUUUUGCGUGUUAUCGAUAACCCUAUAAGGUCCACUCACCUCAUCCUGAUAAUCUGAUAAUCUGAAGUUU